AUGAGUGAGAAUGUUACUUGUUUUGUGAGAGAUGUUGAUGUUUAUAGCUUUCCAUUGUCACUUUACAAGGGCUCGAAGAACUGCUUUGGAAUUCUAAAACCAGUUAGGGUGACCACUGCGUUUGGAGCAGUCUUGCAUGUGAUAUCCACUUCCCUUCUUGGUAUAACAGCGAUCACAAUGGCAAAUACCAUCGCCGGUGAAGAGACCGUUCACAAACUUGCUUCCCUUUUGCUUGUAAUUCUCGGUGGAAGCUAUAUCUUGCUGUUUUUAGCCGGUAAAGGAGGUCACACUCAUUCUCAUAACCAACCCAUGGAGAAAAUGGCUGUUGCUGGGCUUGUACUUGUUCCUGCAUUGUCUCCUUGUGCAACAACUCUCCCAGUUUUCCUCGCUGUUGGAAAUUCAAAAUCGAUGAUGGUUCUCGCCAUCAUAGUUCUGCUUAUCAGCACCAUAUUGGUGAUGACAUCGCUGGUGGCUCUAUCGUUCUAUGGUGCAAGCCAGCUAAAGUUUCACUGGGUGGAGCGAUACGACAAGCUACUGGUGGGUUCGGUCUUGUGUCUGGUAGGUAUCUUAACCCUUCUCUUCCAUGACCACGAGCACCAUGAUCAUGAAGCACAUCAACUCCACAGGAAAAUCAUUACCCUCUAG